AUGGCUGUUCAAGGAGUAGAGCAGAUGAUCCAUAGGGACCCUGCGCUCUUCUACUGGAUCCUGCUUCCUAUAACGAUUGUUAUGAUUCUGACUGGUGUCCUCCGACAUUAUGCUACCGUUCUCCUUGCGAGCCCUCCGAAACCACCUUCGACCCUUCUCGAAUCUCGCGAGCGUCAGGCCCUUCUCCGCGGCGUCAAUUUGCGAAACAACGCUGCUGCAGCCCUCACAUCCGCUUCCUUCAAUACGCGGAAAGAAUAUCUCAUCGAUGGCUAUAAGAAAGGCACGUUUCUCAAGGGAGGUCCGGAGUCUCGAGGUCAAGCUGCUGCCAAUCCGAUGUCAGACCCUGCCGCCAUGGAGGGAAUGAUGGGAAUGAUGAAAGGAAAUAUGGCGAUGAUGAUCCCACAAACCCUCAUCAUGUCCUGGAUUAAUGCGUUCUUUGCCGGUUUUGUCAUCCUCAAGCUACCAUUCCCACUCACAAUCCGAUUCAAAUCUAUGCUACAGUCAGGAGUCAUGACUCGAGAUCUGGAUGUCAGAUGGGUGUCGAGCUUGUCAUGGUACUUCUUGUGUCUUUUUGGCCUUCAGAGUGUCUUCAUCUUCAUUCUGGGCAAAGAAAAUGCUGCCAAUCAAAUGUCUCAGCAAAUGGCCCAAAUGAACCCUGGAGCAAACGCCAAUCCUUUUGGCCCGGGUCAAGAACCUGAUAAGAUGUUCCAAGCUGAAGCCGAAAACUUGGAGGUCUUGGAACAUUGGAGCGUCCUAGAUGGGGCAGAGGAUCGUCUGUUGCAAAUCUAUGGCAGUUAG